AUGGAGAAAACUGAAGAUUUGCACAAUGGCUCUGGGCAUGAUCCCAGACGUCAAUCUAAUUCAUCUUCAAAUCAUACUAGCGAUGAAGAAUCUUCAAUAUCGUCAUCUUCUCAUCGACCUGCCAAUCGCAACAAUCGAUCCAACUCAAAUACUUAUUCUCUCGGCGACAAUGACUGGGAAAGUAUCAGAGCACCUGCCAAUGGCAUGUCCAUGACUCGCACAGUUUCGCGACGGGAGUCUGCUUUAUCUCGAAUUCGAUCUCGGCCAAUACCGCAGUUUACUCAUCCUCUAGCUCACGUCAAAACUACUGAGGAUCAACUUGUCGACUUUGACGGACCUGAUGAUCCGUAUCGACCGAUGAAUUGGCCAACUAAAAAGAAGAUCGUCACAACAAUGCUCUACGGUCUUGUCACCAUGAGUGCGACCUGGGCUUCGUCGUCUUAUUCUUCAGGAACAGGCCAAGUUGCUGAGCAUUUCCAUGUGGGAACUCAGGUUGCGACACUAGGAACUACGCUCUUCCUGGUUGGCUUCGGUAUCGGACCUCUUCUAUGGGCUCCGCUGAGCGAGGUUUAUGGCCGACGUCAAGCUGUUCUUAUUCCCAUGUUCAUUGCACUAUGCUUCAGUUUCGGAAGUGCGGUAGCAAAAGAUCUGCAAACUCUUAUGAUCACGCGGUUCUUCUGCGCCUUCUUCGCUUCGGCGCCUGUUACGAAUACUGGUGGUGUAUUGGGCGAUUUGUUUUCUCCAACAGAACGAGGAAUCGCUAUGGCGGGAUAUGCCAUGGCUGUCGUCGGCGGACCAGUACUUGGACCUAUCGUGUCGGCUGCUGUUGUACAGGAACCCAGUCUGGGUUGGAGAUGGACUGAGUAUCUCACUGGUAUCGUCCAGAUCAUCUUCUUAACACUAGCAGUUAUCUUCGUCGAUGAAAGCUAUCCACCAAAGCUUCUCAUCUACAAAGCCCGACGCCUCCGUCACGAAACAGGAAACUGGGCUCUUCAUGCCAAAUUCGAAGAAUGGGACGUCAGCAUCGGUGAACUUUCACGAAAGUUCCUUGUCCGUCCUGUUCAACUCCUCAUGACACCAAUCUGUUUCCUCGUUGCUCUGUACGCGAGUUUCUGCUACGGUAUUCUCUACAUGCAACUUGGCGCCAUUCCGAUUAUCUUCAGAGAGAUCAGAGGUUGGGGUACUCUGGUUUCUGCGCUUCCUUUCGUCUGCAUUCUCCUAGGUGCUAUUCUUGGAUGUGCGGCGAACGUGUACAACCAGUUACUUUACAACAAGGCUUACCAUGCAGCUGGCGACAGAGCUGUUCCUGAGAAGCGACUUCCACCUAUGAUGGUUGGCUCCGUUAUCUUCAGCGGUGGACAAUUCGUCAUCGCAUGGACUGGCGGCAAUACGAAUAUCCACUGGGUCGUCCCUUGCAUUGGUCUCGUUCUGCUGGGAACUGGUUUCUUUACCAUCUUCCAGGCAGCCCUUAACUACCUUGUGGAUACAUUCACCAUGUAUGCCGCCUCGGCUGUUGCCGCCAACACAUUCCUGAGAUCAAUGUUUGCGGCUGCAUUCCCACUUGUCGUUGGACCGUUGUACCAUAACAUUGGCGUCGGUCCCGGAUCUAGUAUUACUGGUGGUUUUGCAGCCCUUUUGAUUCCUGUUCCAUUUAUUUUUUACAUAUACGGCAAGCGAAUCAGAGCUCGAUCGAAGUGGUCGAAAGCAUCGGUGUACAAUUAA